GCGAGUGUACUGUCUGUGUGUGGUAUAGUGAGCGCGGUGGAGCGACGGGGGAAGGAGAACGGAUACGGUUAGCAAGAUAGCGAAAUACAACGUCAUACUUCAAACAAUUUUAACAUUUUUUAACUUUAACGUACGGGUUCGGACUUAUUUGGGGAUUCCGCAGGCAUUUGUUCGAGUUACAACUGGCAACAUAGGAGUUUGCUUUCAACAAGAGCGUCUCAAUCGCAUGGUACCUGACCUACACUCGGAUAGACACUCCGAAUCUCUUCUGCCUGUGUCAGCCGACCGUGAUCACUCGGGAGGAAAAAACUGGCUCUGAUCGGGAGAUGUGUAUACUGGUUGGUCUGGGGCAAUACUGUUGUCAUUGUUUGGCAAUGAACGGAACAUUUUGAAGACGCAGCGGUGGGGCGGAAAUAUUGUUCUGUUCAUUAUCGUGGAGGACAGGACUCCUUGGGAGACGCAGUCAUACUCCCAGGAUAAAGAGCUUACACGCACACAUACGGAUCGAAAGAGCCGUGGACUGGCCCCGAGGACUGGGCUUUGUGUCCGAGCGCCUGUGUGUGCAGGGAAGGGUGUCGGGCCAUCAUCGCUCACCUACUCGGAUUACUAAAAUAUAGCAAACUACAUUUCUUGGAUUUCCAAUUAAAAAAGGAUACACUCACGAUGUAUCCACAGGGCCGGCAUCCGGCACCUCACCAGCCUGGUCAACCGGGGUUCAAAUUCACUGUUGCAGAGUCUUGCGACCGGAUCAAAGACGAGUUUCAGUUCCUGCAAGCCCAGUACCACAGUCUUAAGGUGGAGUACGACAAGCUGGCCAACGAGAAGACUGAGAUGCAGCGUCACUACGUUAUGUAUUACGAGAUGUCUUACGGGCUGAAUAUCGAGAUGCACAAACAGACGGAGAUUGCCAAACGGCUCAAUGCGAUCCUCGCUCAAAUUAUGCCUUUUCUGUCACAAGAGCACCAACAGCAGGUUGCUCAGGCAGUGGAGCGUGCCAAGCAGGUGACCAUGACCGAGCUGAAUGCCAUCAUCGGGGUACGUGGACUUCCCAAUCUGCCUCUCACCCAGCAGCAGCUGCAGGCGCAGCACCUCUCCCACGCGGCCCACGGCCCCCCCGUGCAGCUGCCCCCCCACCCGUCGGGCCUGCAGCCCCCAAUGCCCCCCGUCCCCGGCUCGGGCUCCGGCCUGCUGGCCCUCGGGGCGCUGGGGAGCCAGGCCCACCUGCCCGUCAAGGACGAGAAGAACCACCACGAGCUGGAGCACAGAGGCCAAUCAUCCUUUCACUCCCCGCUGGCGAUUCCUCUGAUCAAAGAGCGCGAGUCGAGCACGAAUAACUCUGUGUCACCGCCGGACAGCCUGCGUGCGGGCAGUGAGAAGCACCGCGGCUCCUCAGACUACAGCCUGGACUCCAAGAAGCGCAAACUGGAGGAGAAGGACAGCAUGAGCCGAUACGACAGCGACGGUGACAAGAGUGAUGACCUGGUGGUGGACGUGUCCAACGAGGAUCCCGCCACCCCGCGCGUCAGCCCCGCCCACUCCCCCCCGGAGAACGGGCUGGAUAAGCCCCGCCCCGUGAAGAAGGACGCGCCCAACAGCCCCGCCUCCGUGGCCUCCUCGGGCAGCACGCCCUCCUCCAAGACCAAGGAGCACGUCCAUGUACGUAAUGACAAGUCCACCACGCCGGGGCUAAAGUCCAACACCCCCACCCCCCGCAAUGACGCCCCCACCCCGGGCACCAGCACCACCCCGGGGCUGCGGCCCAUCGUGGGCAAGCCUCCCGGCAUGGAGGCCUUAGGUACUCACGCCUACAUGUCCCCCGCUCUGCGCACCCCGCUGUCCCUGGCGGGCUCCUACGCCGCCCCGUUCGCCAUGAUGGGCCACCCCGAGAUGAACGGCUCUCUGACCAGCCCCGGGGUGUACGCCGGCCUGCACAUCUCCCCCCAGAUGAGUGCUGCGGCCGCUGCUGCUUACGGGAGGUCCCCCAUGGCAGGGUUCGAUCCCCACCCACACAUGAGAGCCCCCGGCCUGCCUGCCAGUCUCACCUCCAUCUCAGGCGGAAAACCGGCGUACUCUUUCCACGUGAGCGCUGACGGGCAGAUGCAGCCGGUGCCCUUUCCCCCGGACGCUCUGAUUGGCCCGGGGAUCCCGCGCCACGCCCGCCAGAUCAACACGCUGAGCCACGGGGAGGUGGUGUGCGCCGUCACCAUCAGCAACCCCACCCGCCACGUCUACACCGGCGGCAAGGGCUGCGUCAAGAUCUGGGACAUCAGCCAGCCCGGGAGCAAGAGCCCCGUGUCCCAGCUCGACUGCCUGAACAGGGAUAACUACAUCCGCUCCUGCAAGCUCCUGCCGGACGGCCGCACGCUCAUCGUGGGCGGAGAGGCCUCCACCCUCACCAUCUGGGACCUGGCCUCCCAGACGCCGCGCAUCAAGGCGGAGCUCACCUCCUCCGCCCCCGCCUGCUACGCCCUGGCCAUCAGCCCCGACGCCAAGGUCUGCUUCUCCUGCUGCAGCGACGGCAACAUCGCCGUCUGGGACCUGCACAACCAGACGCUGGUCAGGCAGUUCCAGGGACACACGGACGGUGCCAGCUGCAUCGACAUCUCCCACGACGGCACCAAGCUGUGGACCGGGGGUCUGGACAACACGGUGCGCUCCUGGGACCUGAGAGAGGGCCGGCAGCUGCAGCAGCACGACUUCACCUCCCAGAUCUUCUCCCUGGGGUACUGUCCGACGGGCGAGUGGCUGGCCGUGGGCAUGGAGAGCAGUAACGUGGAGGUGCUGCACCACACCAAGCCCGACAAGUACCAGCUGCACCUGCACGAGAGCUGCGUGCUGUCGCUCAAAUUCGCCUACUGCGGUAAAUGGUUCGUGAGCACUGGAAAGGACAAUCUGCUGAACGCCUGGAGGACUCCCUACGGUGCCAGCAUUUUCCAGUCGAAGGAGUCCUCGUCCGUCUUGAGCUGCGACAUCUCGGCGGACGACAAGUACAUCGUGACGGGCUCCGGGGACAAGAAGGCCACCGUGUAUGAAGUCAUCUACUAGAGCACCGGCUGCCGUCCAGAGAUCAGCAGGACUGGGUCGGGGGGGAAGCCCACUCCUCCUCUUCCUCCUCCCCCCUCCUCCUCCUUGACUCGCCCCUCCUUCGGACUCCCAGGAUUUAGACUGCACACUGCUAGCGGGGCGGAGCCCUGCCCAGCUCCGCCCCCCCCCCCCCCCCGCUGCGGCGCCCCCCCCUCAUUGGGCUAACACUUCCUGACUGAGCGCAGUUCUUACGGCACUAGAGAAGUAAAUAUUGUCUCAGCUUUUUCUCUCCUCUUUGUUCUGUUCCUGGGAUCAUGUUGUUUUUUUUUUUUUUUUGUGUGUGUUUUUACACAAUGAGAAUGUUCCGUAACUGAACAUGAAGCGGCGCUUCAUUUUUAAACCAGGCUCACUCGCUGGAAGUCUUGUGAAAAGUGUAAAUACCGGAGUAAUAAAGACGUUUUAUAAAUAUAUCUAUUUUUUUCUGUGUCCUGGUACACUCGUGAUUGUUUUUUUUUCUUCAUGUUCUCCUCCGCUUCCUAACCUUGGGGAUGUAAAGUAGAAUAGGGCUUUUUUUUUUUGUUUCGUUUUUUAAAGAAAAGGAUCUUUUAUUUCAGCUUUUUACAAUGUCCAGGGUAAAUUCACCCGAAAAAUUGAAUGAAAACUUUUUCCCAGGAGAAGUAUUUUUGAGCCGGUCGUGGAGCUACCUGGACCUCCUCUGUGGGAUGUACUGAGUGGGCGCAGGAGGACGUGUCCGUGUGGCACCUCGCAGGCGGAGUCAAAUGACAUUGUUGUACUUUGGGUAAACUAGCUGUGCCGUGUAUGUGUCCCCUGCCCUGUGUCCUGUUUCCUGUGCUAAGUAGGCUGUCCGAGGCCCAUUGUAAGUGUACGAUAACGGGCUCCUCUCCCUCGUCCCUCUGGAGCUCGGAGACUUUUGACUCGUGCGUUUCGGUCCCGUCCCUGGACCGGGCCUGGUUCCGGACCGCGGUGGAUGUCCCCAGUUUUCGUGUGUUGCCGUCGAGUCUUUUGCGCGCCCUUGCGGGGCUCUUGGAUGCACUCUGCGCCCCCAACUCUCUGGAAUCUUCUUCAUGCAGCGGAGGAUUUUCACAUCCCUCCUCCUCCCCCCCCCCCCCCCGCUCUCCCUUGGUGUCAUGUACUGUUCCGGAAGUAGCCAAAUCUUCAGAGAGCGUGACGGGAGGGGGGGGGAGGAGUAGAUGCUCGGUGAUGUUUUCCUGCCUGCUGCCUACGAGGCCCGCGGCUGUCCACGGAGACUGUCAGUGCCUGAUAACCAGGGGAGAGUCGAGCAAGCGAAACAAAAUGGACGCCGCAGAAUCACACCUGAGGGUCCCUGUGACUGCGUGAGCGGGGCCGAGGCCGUGACUGUCGGGGUCCGAGGCGGGUUUGGGGAGCGUUCAGCUUCUGCAGCUCGGUUUGGAUUGCCCAGGUCGCCACAGCGACGCCACUACUCCCUGCCCCGUCCCGAACCUGCUCCCGCCCGCCCCCCUCCCUCCACCUCCCCAUCUCUA